AUGGAAAAACUAAAGGCAACACGCACCAAGUUAAAGUCUAGCCUCACGCGGCUGCUGACACUUUCGGAGAAUCCGCCUGAGAACUGCACAGCGGAUGUGGUGGAUACUAUGAUGACCAGACUCGACAUCGUGUGGAAGGAGUUUGAUCGGUCCACUGAUGAUAUGUUUGAAUUUCAAGAAUCGCAAGGGGUGAAUCUGGAUAAAGCUCAGAAGUUUCAAUAUCUCAAGUCUUUACUCUGUGAUGAGGCUGCAAGUUUAAUAAAUCAUUUGCCGUUAACAGGAGCGGCGUACGAGACGGCUUGGGCAGGCCUAAUGGAACGUUAUGAUCGACCUCGUCAUGUCGUUAACUCGCUUUUGGAUAAUUUUAGACGUCUACCAUCAACAAGGGUGACAGAUGUAUCCGAUGGGGCGAGUAAAGUUGUACGUGGCCUAGAUGCACUUGGCCAAACUAAUCGCGACUGCUGGGUGAUCUAUUUUCUGCUGGAUAAAAUUGAUGCAGAGUCUCAAUGCAAAUGGGUGUCCUACAGCCAACGUCGACUUCAGAAAAAUAAAAGGUUAAAGGAAGAGUACACCAAGUUCAUGCGCGAAUACAUCGCUUUGGGACACAUGCGCAUCCUUGAUGAGUCAGAGAAGACGAGUGCACCUAAAGAACACAUGUUCUACAUGCCUCACCAUCCGGUUAUUGCUGCCAAGAUUCUAUUCGAAGAUUUCUAUGUGGACGAUGUCCUGACCGGAGCAAACACGGAAGAUCAACUUAUACGUAACAAGGAUGAACUUAUUCAACUAUUAGGUCGCGCACAGCUGGAGCUUGGGAAAUGGGUAUCCAAUACCCACGGAAUCGGCCCUUUAGAAGAAGCAGCAGCGACAAGUGUGACUGGAGAUGCCUCCUCCGUCAAGGUAUUAGGAAUACAUUGGGAACCAAAGUCUGAGAUCUUCACAUAUGGUAUAAGGUUGAGCGAGUGCACAGAAAGUUUAAAAAGACAAGUAUUAUCAGACGUAUCACGCAUAUUUGACCCGCUUGGUCUACUGGCGCCGGUCAUUGUUCAAUUCAAGAUCCUUUUCCAAGAGCUCUGGCUUCUUAAUCUAGAUUGGGAUUCACCGCUUCCAACUAAGCUGGCAGACCGAUGGCGUAAGUAUCGCGAAGACAUUAACAACAUAAGGCAGUUAAAGAUACGGCGUCAUAUUGGGUAUGUCGGCAAACGAAUAGAGUUACACGCCUUCUCAGACGCCUCAAUAAAGGCAUACGCAGCAGUCGUAUACUCUCGGAUCGUGAACCAGGAUGGCAGCAUAGAGGUUUCACUGAUUGCGGCGAAAACACGGGUCGCUCCACUUAAGCAGCAAUCGCUCCCUCGUUUGGAAUUAUGUGGCGCACUUCUGCUGAGACGGCUGAUCGCAUCAAUUAAAUUAGUUUGGAAGGAUCUAGAAAGCACCGUAUAUGCUUGGUGUGAUUCGACAAUUGUGUUGGCAUGGCUGAAUCACUUGCCAGCUAGUUUAAAGACGUUCAUUGGCAAUCGUACUGCCGAAAUAUUGGAAGUAAUACCAAGGGACUCGUGGCGCCAUGUUAAUACCAAGCAGAACCCCGCAGACUGCGCUUCUAGAGGAAUGCUGGCUGAGGACUUACUCCCGUUUACUCUCUGGUGGAAGGGUCCCGACUGGCUGGCUGAGACACAUCUUAACUUAGGUAACGAAGAUAAUAUACAAAUCUCUAACUUAAUUUCAGAUGACGAGUACCGAAAAGAGUUGAAGGCUACAGUAUUAGUUACUCUCGCGGAAACCAUGAAAGAGUCAUCUCCCCUCGAAGAACUCAUUGGUCGUGUUUCUUCCUGGCCGAGACUUGUGCGCAUUGUGGCAUACAUUUUACGAUUCAUCCGCCACAUGAAAAACCCCCAAGAAAAGUCAGACUCUUUCGCCGUAACCUAUGACGAGUACAAGGCAGCCAGGAACCUAUGUUUGCAGCAAGCUCAAGAUGAAUGGCAUAAAGAACGAAAAGCGCUACGAAAUGAAGGAUGCGUACCAAAAGGCUCUAAGCUGUGUACCCUGACGCCGAUUCUAGAUGACAGUGGGCUUCUACGUGUAGGAGGUCGCCUCAAUAAUUCAGAGUUAUCAUAUUCAGCCAAGCAUCCGCUCAUCUUGCCGAGGAAGCAUCGCAUAUCUCACCUAAUUUUGGAACACGAGAAUCAACAUAAUCUACACCCAGGAGUUUCGGCCCUCUUUGUCAUCGUUCGUCAACGUUUCUGGAUAAUGGGAGACAGAAAUCUGAUUCGUAAAGUUACUCACAACUGUAUAAAGUGCUUCAGACAGCGAGCACAUACCAGCUACCAACUAAUGGCCGCACUACCGGCAGUUAUGGGCCCAGCACACUUCCACUGCGCCAAUAAUUCGAUGGAUUCAGAAUAG